CAACAACAACAACAUCGCAGACGAAAAAUUUCAAAGAUGCGUAGUUGAUGUUUUAAUUUUGCUGAAUGCUGAAAAACAUUUACAUGUAAGUUUCAAAGAUGUUGGAAUCUGAAGAUCAAGUUGUUGAGGAGAUAUUGGUUGCUGAAGAUGAGGAGGAAUCAUUAUUUCAAGAUAUAGAUCUGCUUCAGAAUCAUGGUAUUAAUGUUGCAGACAUCAAAAAAAUGAAGCAAGCUGGCAUCUGUACAAUUAAGGGUGUACAAAUGACCACAAGGAAAAAACUUUGUAAUAUCAAAGGUAUAUCUGAGGCUAAGAUGGAAAAAAUUAAAGAGGCAGCAAAUAAACUUAUUGACCCAGGUUUUCUGACUGCAUUAGAAUAUGCUGAUAAAAGAAAACAAGUCUUUAAUAUCACCACAGGGAGUCAAGAACUUGAUAAAUUACUUGGUGGUGGAAUAGAAAGCAUGGCAAUAACGGAGGCUUUUGGAGAAUUCAGGACUGGGAAAACUCAGCUGUCACACACACUCUGUGUCACAGCUCAACUUCCUGGAGCAAGCGGAUAUACUGGAGGAAAAGUGGUGUUUAUAGAUACUGAAAAUACAUUUCGUCCUGACCGUCUUAAAGAUAUUUCUGACAGAUUUAAUCUGGACCAGAAUGCUGUUUUGGACAAUGUUCUUUAUGCAAGGGCAUAUACAAGUGAACAUCAGUAUGAAUUGCUGGAUUAUGUUGCUGCUAAAUUUUAUGAAGAAAGUGGUGUUUUCAAACUUCUGAUUGUAGAUUCAAUCAUGGCAUUAUUUAGAGUGGAUUUCAGUGGCAGAGGUGAAUUGGCUGACAGACAACAAAAACUAGCACAGAUGCUGUCCAGACUUCAGAAAAUAGCUGAGGAAUAUAAUGUAGCAGUCUUCAUAACCAAUCAAAUGACAUCAGAUCCUGGAGCUGCUAUGACGUUUACAGUUGAUCCAAAGAAGCCUAUAGGUGGCAAUAUCCUUGCACAUGCAUCAACAACACGGCUGAGUUUGAGGAAAGGAAGAGGGGAAACUAGAAUUUGUAAAAUAUAUGACAGUCCAGACAGACCAGAGAGUGAAGCAACAUUUGCCAUAACACCAGGUGGCAUAGCUGAUGCCAAAGAAUAAUUUAUUACUGCAAGCAUUCUUCUGUUAAGAACUGUUAGGUUAUAUUUCACACAUACUUAACAAACUGUUGUGCAUUUUACACCUGAAAUGUCAUGGCUACAGAUUCAUGUUUGGUCAGUGAUAUAUACAUGUAUGGUAUCAUAUACAUAGAAGUAAUUCAAUUUAUGUUCAAAAAAUGCACUUUCAUUAUAUCGCAAUAAUGAUGACAUCACUUUAUAGCUCUCAGGGAACGUUGUUUUUGUACAGGAAGAUAACAUUAUAUAGUUCUUCAUU